AUGUCGGCAGUGACUUCAAAGAUAACCAUGUCUGGGUCGUGGCAGCCACGGAUUCACUUGAAAAACUUGUUCUAUGGCCCAGGGUGCGUGGAGAAUCACCUCGUAAGCACCCUUCCCGCAACGUCAUCUCGAGUGAUCAUUGUAACUGGAACGUCACUCGCCACGAAAACACCUCUCGUACAGAAAUUGGAAACUCUACUCGACCAGCACCAUGUAGAAACCAUCAGCAACAUCCGCCAGCAUGGACCGAUAGACGAUGUUGAGGCAGCGAUCGAAACUGUGACGGCGCAUCCCGACGUUGACACAAUCAUCUCUCUCGGCGGCGGUUCCCCGAUAGACACCGCAAAGGUCAUCUCACUCCGUGUUCAACAAGCUCGGGGAUCCUCCCUAACGCAUAUCACAAUCCCAACCACGCUCAGCGGAGCCGAAUGUACCGCAGGCGGCGGAUAUACCAAAGCCGAUGGGGUCAAGGUCGGGUUCCGGAAGCCUGAAAUGGGUGUUUCUGUUAUCUUCUACGACCCACAGUACGCACAGUACACGCCCAAAGAUCUCUGGCUGAGCACCGGGAUGCGGGCGAUGGAUCACGCUGUCGAGUGUAUGUAUCACCCAUGCGCUAGCGAGGUCCCCUGGAAGGCGAUGUCGCUAUAUGUUAUUCGCGAGCUCUUCGAUUGUCUCCCCAAGGCGCGGGACUCGCACCCUCAUGAUGAAGAAGUGACGGUACGGUUGAUGCUGGCAGCAUAUGCGAGCUCUGGUUUGAAAGGAGAAGGGAUACAGGGGGGGAUGGGGCUGUCGCACAGCUUGGGUCACGCGCUGGGUAGUCCAUACGGAAUUGGACACGGAGUGACCUCGUGCUUAACUCUGGGAAAGGUAGUCAAGCUAAAGGCUCAUGAGUCCGUGGAAAAUGCCAAACAAAUUGCUCGCCUGCUGCCUGAGACUGGGGGAUCCCUGACAGGCGAUGAGCUGCAAGAUGCACUCCAGGUUGGGGACCGAAUCAUCAGUCUUGUCAGCUCCCUGGGAUUUGAUCUUUCGGGGCUUUCUGCUCGUGGAAUAAGCAAAGAUGAGAUACCAAUCAUUGUUCAGAGGGCGUUAGGAGGGGCCACGGAUGGGCCAUUAUAUGACCAGGUGAAGGCACUGGUGGAAACCUUGUUUUAA